GGAGGACUGCUCGCUUCAUUUCAACAGACUGACGGAAAUAGCUGCUUUGGAAAUUUCUGUUUGACUAAUUAAUAUGGCCGCACUGGUGUACUGUGAAAAACAGCCUAGGUACUCUUUGGUUCCAUCCGGGGAGGGUCCCAGCGCCCGCGUGGGCCAAGAUGCUCUCUAUUUGCCUCUGGAAUCGGGAAGCGCGAAGGGAAAAGUCGCCAUCGUUGCCGGCGCGAACCCGGACGGCAGCUUCUCUGAUUCGUACUUUCUUGAUCUUGAGUCACACCGCUGGAUUCCAACGGGAUGGGCCGGCCUCCUGCCCCGAUACGAACACGCGGCCUUCGUUCCCGCGAGCCAGCCCACAAGCCUCUGGGUGUACGGAGGGGCCAGCGAAGACGGGAACAGGAAUUGUCUGCAGGUUGUGAAACUCUCAACCGGGGCUUGGGAGACGCCGAAAGUGACCGGGACGCCCCCCUCCCCUCGGACGUAUCAUACCUCUACGGCCGCCAUCGGGGACCGCUUGUAUGUGUUUGGCGGGGGCGAGAAAGGAGCGGACCCCGUCCAGGAUCAGCAACUGCAUAUCUUUGAUUCCGUUACCCGGACGUGGCUCCAGCCAGAGGUGGACGGCCAGCCUCCUGCUCCUCGCCACGGCCACAUCACGGUGGCCGUGGGCAACAGAAUCUUCAUUCACGGGGGCUUGGCUGGCGACACGUUUUACGACGAUCUGUUUUCCAUCGAUAUAAAUGAAAUGAAAUGGGAGGUGCUCUCGGCCACCGGAUCUGUCCCGGGAGGGCGGGCUGCCCAUUCCGCCGCCGCUUUCCGAGACCAUUUAUAUAUUUUCGGCGGGAUGGAUCCAGCCGGAGCGUUAGACACCAUGUACAAAUACCACAUCGAAAAAAGGGAAUGGAUGAAGUUAGAGUUUAAAACUCUCUUACCCGCUGGCCGUCUGGAUCAUUCCAUGUGCAUUUUUCCAUGGGAGAUACCUUCCGGCGGUGAAACCGCGGCCCAAGGUGACCCGGGGACGAAGGAAGCCUCCGGCCACCGUCGCCAAGGAGAGGGAGCCUCCCCGAGAGCCCGCGUGGUCCACUUAUGUUUCAUCUUUGGCGGGAUGAAUAUGAAAGGGGAGAUUUACCAGGACGGUGCUGUAACUCUUCUGAAGUAAAUAAAAGGAGUCUAAAGAAGGCACAAUCUGCUGAGAAGCUGAAA